CACGCCACCACGGGAGCUCAGGCGAAGAUGGCGGCAGCCGUUCUGAGCGGGCCCUCGGCGGGCUCCGCGGCCGGGGUGCCCGGCGGGACGGGGGCUCUGUCGGCGGUGGGCUCGGGCCCGCGUCUCCGCCUGCUGCUGCUGGAGAGCGUGUCCGGGCUGCUGCAGCCGCGCGCGGGGGGCGCCGUGGCGCCCGUGCAUCCCCCGGUGCGCUCGGCCCCGCACUUGCCCGGGCUCAUGUGCCUCCUGCGACUGCAUGGGACGGUGGGCGGGGCCCAGAACCUGUCCGCCGUUGGGGCGCUGGUGGGUCUCAGUAACGCACGGCUCGGUUCCAUCAAAACUCGGUUUGAGGGCCUGUGUCUGCUGUCCCUGCUGGUGGGAGAGAGCCCCACGGAGAUGUUCCAGCAGCACUGCGUGUCCUGGCUCCGGAGCAUUCAGCAGGUGCUACAGUCCCAGGACCCGCCCCCCACGAUGGAGCUGGCUGUGGCCGUCCUGAGGGACCUGCUCCGCUAUGCAGCCCAGCUGCCUACGCUCUUCCGGGACAUCUCCAUGAACCACCUCCCCGGCCUCCUCACCUCCCUGCUGGGCCUCAGGCCAGAGUGUGAGCUCUCAGCGCUGGAGGGCAUGAAGGCCUGCAUGACCUACUUUCCUCGGGCCUGUGGGUCUCUCAAAGGCAAGCUGGCCUCGUUUUUCCUGUCCCGGGUGGAUGCCCUGAGCCCCCAGCUCCAGCAGCUGGCCUGCGAGUGCUACUCCAAGCUGCCCUCUCUGGGCGCCGGCUUCUCGCAGGGCCUGAAGCACACGGAGAGCUGGGAGCAGGAGCUGCGCAGCCUGCUGGCCUCCCUGCACAGCCUGCUGGGGGCCCUGUACGAGGGCGCAGAGACCGCCCCCAUGCAGUAUGAGGGCCCCGGCGUGGAGAUGCUGCUCACACCCUCGGAGGACGGGGACGCCCAUGUCCUGCUGCGGCUCCGGCAGCGCUUCUGCGGACUGGCCCGCUGCCUGGGGCUCAUGCUCAGCUCAGAGUUCGGGGCUCCCGUGUCCGUCCCUGUGCAGGAAAUCCUGGACGUCAUCUGCCGGGCCCUCAGUAUCAGUGCCAAGAGCAUCAGCUUGCUUGGAGACGGCCCCCUGCGGCUGCUGCUUCUGCCUUCUAUCCACCUGGACGCCCUGGACCUGCUGUCUGCGCUCAUCCUCGCGUGUGGAGGCCGCCUCUUGCGUUUCGGGGCCCUGAUCAGCCGCCUGCUUCCCCAGGUCCUCAAUGCCUGGAACCUUGGUAGGGAUACCCUCUCCCCGGGCCAGGAGAGGCCGUACAGCACCGUGCGGGCCAAGGUGUAUGCCGUGCUGGAGCUGUGGGUUCAGGUGUGUGGGGCCUCGGCUGGAGUGCUGCAGGGGGGCGCCUCCGGAGAGGCCCUGCUCUCCCACCUGCUCAGCGACAUCUCCCCGCCGGCCGACACCCUGAAGCUGCGCAGCCCGCGGGGGAGCCCAGAUGGGGGGCUGCAGUCCGGGAAGCCCAGCGCUCCCAAGAAGCUGAAGCUGGACAUGGGGGAGGCCGCGGCCCCACCCAGCCACCGGAAGGGGGACAGUAAUGCCAACAGUGACGUGUGUGCAGCUGCGCUGAGAGGUCUCAGCCGGACCGUCCUCAUGUGUGGGCCCCUCAUCAAGGAGGAGACUCACAGGAGACUGCACGAGCUGGUCCUCCCCCUGGUCAUGGGGGUCCAGCAGGGCGAGGCCCUGGGCAGCUCCCCGUAUACCAGCUCCCGCUGCCGCCGGGAGCUCUACCGCCUGCUGCUGGCGCUCCUGCUGGCCCCAGCUCCCCGCUGCCCGCCUCCCCUCUCCUGCGCAGUGCAAGCCUUCUCCCUCGGCCAGCGAGAGGACAGCCUCGAGGUGGCGUCUUUCUGCUCAGAAGCUCUGGUGACCUGUGCUGCCCUGACCCACCCCCGGGUCCCUCCCCUGCAGUCCGUGGGCCCUGCCUGCCCUACGCCUGCCCCAGUCCCCCCUCCUGAGGCCCCAUCUCCAUUCAGGGCGCCCCCCUUCCAUCCCCCGGGCCCCAUGCCCUCAGUGGGCCCCAUGCCCUCAGUGGGCCCCAUGCCUUCGGCAGUGCCAUGCCCCCCAACGGGCCCCUUGCCACCAGCGGGCCCCAUGCCUCCGACACGCCCUGGACCUCCAGCAGCCAACCACUUAGGCCUCUCCGUCCCAGGCCUGGUGUCUGUACCCCCUCGGCUCCUUCCGGGCCCAGAGAACCAUCGGGCAGGCUCCAACGAGGACCCCGUCCUCGCCCCUAGUGGCACUCCUCCGCCCACCAUACCCCCAGAUGAGACUUUUGGGGGCAGAGUGCCCAGGCCGGCCUUUGUCCACUAUGAUAAGGAGGAGGCAUCCGACGUGGAGAUCUCCUUGGAAAGCGACUCUGACGACAGCGUGGUGAUCGUCCCCGAGGGGCUGCCGCCCCUGCCGCCCCUGCCCCCCUCGGGCACCACACCCCCGCCCGUGGCUCCAGCCGGCCCGCCGACAGCCUCCCCUCCUGGGCCGGCCAAAGAGGAGCCCAAGGAGCUUCCCGCGGCCCCGGGGCCUCUCCCGCCCCCCCCCCCCCCCCCUGUGCCGGGCCCCGUGGCGCUGCCACCUCCCCAGCUGGUCCCUGAAGGGACUCCUGGCAGUGGAGGACCCCCCGGCCUGGAGGAAGACCUGACGGUCAUUAACAUCAACAGCAGCGACGAGGAGGAGGAGGAGGAGGAGGAAGAGGAGGAAGAGGAGGAAGAGGAAGAAGAGGAGGAGGAGGACUUUGAGGAGGAGGAGGAGGACGAGGAGGAGUAUUUUGAGGAGGAAGAAGAAGAAGAAGAGGAGUUCGAGGAGGAGUUUGAGGAAGAGGAAGGAGAGUUGGAGGAGGAGGAGGAGGAGGAGGACGAGGAGGAGGAGGAGGAGCUGGAGGAGCUGGAGGAGGUGGAGUUCGGCCCGGCAGGGGCGCCGGCGGAGGAGAGCGGGCCCCCACCGCCGAGCCCGCCCCCGGAGCUGCCCCCCGCCCAGUCCCCGAAGGCACAGCCAGAGCCCGAAGGGGAGCCCGGGCUGCUGCUAGAGGUGGAGGAGCCGGGGGCCGAGGAGGGGCCGGGGGCCGAGGCUGCCCCCACGCUGGUCCCUGAGGUGCUCCCCUCCCAGGGGGAGGGUCCACGGGACGUGAAGAGUCCCCCAGCUGGGCCACCUCCCCAGGAGCUCGUGGAAGAGGAAACCUCUGCUCCCCCGACCCUGCUGGAGGAGGGGACUGAGAGCAGGGGUGACGAGGUGCCAGUCCCCCCUGAGACACCUGCCACGGCAGACGUGGAGGCGGAGGCGGAGACAGAGACGGCCGCCCUCCCCGAGAAGGAGCAGGAUGACACGGCCGCCAUGUUGGCUGACUUCAUCGAUUGUCCCCCUGAUGACGAGAAGCCACCACUGGCCCCGGAGCCUGAUUCCUAGUCCUUUCCUG